AAGUAUUAAAUCAUAUUAACUUACUACUCGUAUAGUAACAACACAAUAUUUAAGUUAUUAAGGAAACAUUGUGUGAUGGUGAAAAUUUAAUUCGCAUUGUAUGCGUAUGGUAUAAUGAUUUGAUUUGAUAUGCAAGUAUUUGCAUUUAACAUCUAAGUAAUAUAAUUAAUGACUGCAUAAUUCGAGUUUAAUGUCGGCAACAAAUAUGGCAGCGACAAAUGAUACAAAACUCGAUUUUAAUAUUACAAUGGAAUAUGCUGACCCUCAAAAUAUCGAAGGUGAGUUGACAGUUGGAUCUAAGCAAAAAUCAAAUCUUGAAGAACCAGAAUUUAAUACUUUAGAUGAACCAAUAAGGGAAACAAUUCUCAGGGAUGUUCGAGCAGUGGGCAAAAAGUUCUAUCAUGUUCUGUAUCCCAAGGAGAAAGAAAGCUUAUUAAAGGAAUGGGAUCUUUGGGGACCACUAGUAUUAUGUACAUUCAUGGCAAUGAUAUUACAAGGUUCUUCUGAUACAGCAAAUAAUUUUAAUGAUGGGGGACCAGAAUUUGCAGAGGUUUUUGUAAUUGUAUGGAUUGGAUCUAUGGUUGUUACUCUGAAUUCUAAAUUAUUGGGUGGCAAUAUAUCUUUUUUCCAAAGUAUUUGUGUCUUAGGAUAUUGCUUGUUGCCAACUGCCAUUGCUUUAAUUUUAUGUAGAAUCAUACUAAUGGCAGAACAGACUACUUUUUUAUUCAGUCUAAGAUUCAUUAUUACUAUGAUUGGAUUCAUAUGGGCAACAUAUGCAUCAAUGGCAUUUCUUGGUGAUAGUCAACCCGUAGGAAGGAAGGCUUUAGCUGUAUAUCCAAUAUUUUUAUUCUAUUUUGUAAUUUCAUGGUUGGUUAUAUCUCAUACUACAUAAAAUAAAACGUAAGUCGAGUACAAUAAAAAGAUUGUACAUUGCUCCAUAUUU